AUGGCGCAGGCAGGAGCGCACGACGAGGGCGAUGAGCACUCUCGGUCAAUGCCAUCUCCGUACGUGAGCUUGGUAGACAGACAAGCCGGCGCUCAUGGGGGUAAACCGCCCAAGGCGGAAGGGGCAACAGCAUCAUCGUCUCUGCGCGACAACGGUGCCGGAGCGCAGCAAACCGGGCAGGGCGGCAACGACAAGCUGCUGAUGAAGAGGACGCUGGUGGCCCAGAGCAAGAAGAUCCAGCAGCUGACCGCUAAGAUCGACGGGAUGGAAAGCGAGCGCGAGGCCAUGGCGCAGCAGGUUGCCGCGUUGCGCAUGGCAGUCUUCGAGGCUAGCACAAGAGCGGAGCAAACCGCGGAACAGCUGAUCAAGGACAGCGCAUCGUUUGUUCAUCGUGGGGUUUUGUUGCAGUACAAGCGAGAUGCGGUGGAGGCGGCAGUGCGCGAGAUUGCUCAAGACAGGGAAGCUUUCGCCGAAGGCCGACGAGAAGCUGUAAAGCGAAUAGGAGAACUUGAGGACGCGCUGGAGAUCGCGCUGAAGGCGGCGGGGGGCGUCCACAGGAAGCUUCUGGAGCUCGGGCUGUCAUGCGAAGACCUCGGCAAGACUAGCGUGCACCUAUCGGUGGCGGCUCAGGAGGCGCCCGCAGAGGACAAGCCGGCGCUAGCUGUUGCGGGGGAAACAAUCGAAGCCGUCGUCGGAGUGAUGCGUGCGAUGGAGCGAUCGGGAGUGUUUGACAUCCUCGAUCCGGUGGACGAUGAGGAGGAGGGGGAGACGGAGGAGGAAGGUGACGAGGAGGGACCCCCCCCCCCCUUAGUGCUCCCGGACAAGCCUCCUGCUAGCGGGGAUGGAACCCCCUCCGUCGAGGCGUUGGUCGGCGCCGCUGCUUCCGUCGCUGUCGAUGGUGGCGCCGCUGACGGUGCGAUUGGAGACUUGGUUGUUGGUGCCCACAACGAACAUAUGAACACAACAACGCAACCGGCGGCGGCGGCGCAACCGCUAGCUGGCGAUGCAGUAAAUCCUGUGUCUGCUGCGAUUGCUGCAAGGUCACACGGGCCGGAGGGAACAGCAGACAGCGUGGGACCCGCGGAGAGACUUGUAAAUAUUUCGGGAGACGCGGCGGAGCCAGAGCAACGAGAAGGACAAUCGCCAGCGAGAGGGGCGGCAGCAGAACUUCCGCUCCAGCAGGCGUCGCACGUCGACGGGAGCAGUAUCACAAGAAUGGAAACGCCGCAGGAGGGGCUGCUGCAAGCGCCGCGAGAUCGGGAGCCGGCAGAACUACCGGGGCCAGCCGACGUAGAAACAACGCCAGAGGGUGGAAGGAACACCGGUGUUGUCGACAACGGUCAGCCGCCAGGUGAUAUCGCCGCCGGCGAUGCAAACGACCGGACAUCAGGCUUGGUGGGGGGAUCGUCGUCGGCGUUAGAAUAG